AUGGCGGCGCCGAAUAUACCCGACGCAGUUUCCGAUGACCUGAACUAUGAAGAAUGGGCACCAACCGCAAAAGCUACACUAACGGAGGAAGGACUUUGGGAUAUUGUCGAAAACGGAGUCUCACCGGAUCCAUCGAAGAUUCCGGAGCUAUCGGCGACGAUUCAAGCCGAACAACUUUCCAGAUGGAGAGAUCUCGUGGUGAAAGACACGAAAGCGAUCCAGAUAUUGCAAUCUUCUCUCACAGAUUCUGCUUUUAGGAAGACAAUCUCGGCUUCUUCUGCCAAAGAGGUUUGGGAUUUGCUCGAAAAAGGUAACGAAGAAGCGAAGCUUCGUAGAUUAGAGAACAAAUUCGAACAACUUAGUAUGGGUGAAAGAGAAUCGGUCGAUUCCUACUUCGAUAGGGUUACAGAAAUCGUUGAAAAGUUGCGCCGUUUGAAAAUUGAGAAAUCCGAUUACGAGGUUAUCAAGAAGGUGUUAGCUACUCUCUCAGGGUCUUACGAUGGUGUAGCUCCUGUGUUGGAAGAACUCAUGGAUGUUCAUAAAAUGACUUUUAAGAGUCUUGUUGAAUUUUUCCAUAGAUAUGAUUCAAUAACAGAGGAAGAUGUGCAUCUAAUGUUGAAGGCUAAUAGGCUUAAAUGGGAGGCUCAGAACAAGAACAAUCACAAUCAAAAUCAAGAAGACCGAAUCUCUACGUCUGCGAAAUGGAGUGGACCGAAGCAAUUUAGACGGAACAAAGGCGUAUGCUUUGAAUGUGGAGAAAAAGGGCAUAAAGCAAGAGACUGCAACGGAAAGAAUCAGCAACCUGCGGCGACAGAAGCUCGGAAAAGAGGCGAAUGCGUUGUUCGCGAUCGGACUGGGGCAGUAUUUGGUGAAACUAUGUGGGAUGAGAGAGGAUUGUCUCUGCGUUUGCAAGGCUCGAAUUUUAGUUACAAACAAAGGUAUUGUGAGAUUAUGUAUGUUGGAAAGGAGGCAACAAACAAGCGAAGUUAUGUAGAAGGAAUUGAAACUGAAGGUAGCGUCACUUAA